GGGACGUAUGUCUGUUUACGCCUGUUUUUGUUGCUAAGCAACGACGCAACACAGCGACGGCUGGAGACUGUCUAUGAGUCGAAGACAGCAAAUGUUUUUUGUGAAUUGAUGUCUUUCAUUAGCAGCCCGGUUGGCUUGUCUAUCCCAGGGAGAACUGUUUGUUCUCUCAUCUCUCAAUGCGUGAGCUUUGCUUAUAUAAACAGUUUAUUUUUGGGCUUUUCUAGUGGAUUUAAGAUGGCAUCAAACUAUGCAUCACUUGUGAAGGAAGCCGUUCAGCUCCUCGACAAGUUUAGAGCUAGCAGACAGUGUUUGGAUGACUUCACAGAAGAUGCUAUGAAGGAUCUGCAGGACAUGGACAUGCUGCAGAGGAAGUUCAUUCUUGAUGUUGUUUCCGGAUGUGUUGAGCAAAAGAAGCUGCUGGAUGUAGUCAUCAAUACCUUCUUUGGCCAGCACGUAAAAUCAGUGUCCAGAGGUGAACGUAGCCAGUUUGUUGUUAUCUGUUACCUGGCCACAUUUCUUCUUGAUGACCUCGGGCUUCAGUGUUUUAGCAGCAUUGUUAAAUCUCUGGACAUCAAGAAAAUGCACAUGUUUUUAGGUUUCUUCUUCUCAAACCUCACCACGUGGAUACAGGAUGAGUGGAACAACAUCUAUGAUGCUGCCUUUGUGGAGAAACAGUGGAUUGGGCCUCUACUCAGGUGGCGCCCUGAGAUAGAUAUUCUCAUGGACCAGCUUGCAGUCAAGAUCUCUCAAGGGAAUCUGCUCAAGAAAGCUGCAACCAAAACCACUGAGCCCCAGGAGUUCGCCCUCACCGAACCUAAACCACGGCCUCUACCCAUGCCCGAGCUCAUCCCACAGCAGAAGAAAUGCAAACCAGUACCAAGCAGCACCUACAAGGCUCCAAAGGAGAAGCAGAUAAUCGAGGAGAAUAAACAGAAGAACCAUCAAAAGGCUCAGGAGCUUCUGUAUGAAGCGAAUAUCAAACAGUUCAGAUGUGGAAAUCCACAGAAGUCUGAGCACACAAAGGUGUACUUGGAUUCAAGGCUCAAGCCUAAUUCCUUUCAUUCCCGUGGAGCUCCUUCCAGUAAUAAGGCUGUCAGCUAUCCGAUCAAACUCAACAAUGCAGCUAUUUUAAGGAAGGAGGCACUGUAUAAGCGUUGGGUGGAGGAGGAGGUCCAAAGAAUUGAGCGGCUGGUGCAAGGCGAGCGCGAUCCUUCAUCUUUCCUGCAGUGGCAAAAGGAGAUGCGUGAGAAGGACCUUCAGGAGCAGUUGCCCAAGAUUGAGCGCCGACACCUGGAGGCAUGCAUCAGUGAACAGGAGGCAGCUCUGGCCCGCAAACGUAUAAUGGAGCGCAAUCAGAAGGCUGCGCAGCUGAAGAAAGAAGAGACCGCUCAGCUGAUGCAAAGAUAUGCUGAGAAAAGGUUGCAAGAGGAAAAGGAAAUAAAGGAUCUGGUGCAGCAAGUGGCAGAUGGCCACAAGAAUUCAAAGGCAGCUAAAGAGAAGUUACAGAAGCUGAAGCAAAGCAUAGUGAAAGAAGUCUCCGAACAGAACCAGGAGCUGCUUCGUCAAGCACUGGAGGAAGCAGAGGCAGAGAUGAGCCGCAAAUUUGAAGUCAUCCGAGAAAUUCACUGCAUUGAGUCGCUUCCUCGCAUGAAAUUCAAGAAAUUUGAUGACACAGACACUGUAGGCCAUGAGCUGCUGGGAGAAAUGUCGCUGUAUGAGACGAAGGAGCGGCUGGCCCAUCUGAAGAACAAGCAGCAAGCAGAGCAGGAGGAGAAACGGAAGCUCAUCCUGGAGGAGAAGCAGAAACAGAAGCAGCAGCUGAUGGAGAAGCUGGAUGCCAUCAACUUCCACAGCAGCGUCCUGGCACAAGCUACGGCCAUCAGGAAAGAGGAGAGGAAAGCCGAGAAGGAAUUAAUUCAGCAGGUGGUGGCUCAGGAUGAGACGGUUUUAGCUCUGAAGAAGAUGCUUGAAGAGAAAAAGCAAGAACGUCAAAAGCUCAAGCAAACUGAAAGCAAGGUCAAAGCCCCUGAAGAGACAGGAGGACACACAGGGACACACAGCCAGGCGAGUGUGACAAGCUGGGAGGAGCUGGAGCAGAGCUUGUCGCGCCUUGUAGAGAAUUUUUCUUGACUCAAGCUAUAAAUGUGUUUAUCAGGCACUGCAAUCUUAUGACUGUUUAAUUUAAUAAAACACGUGUGGAUAACA